UCCAAGAUGGCCGCGCCCAUGAACUUUCAUUUUGUUAGCUAAACGACAGAAAACAAUUAAGUUUUAAACAUGGACCAACCUAAGCAUCACAUCAAGCAGCCAGUUUGUGCCACAAGAUCCCCUUACAGAGAGGGUCGUAAGGCAACUGCAGUUAAGGUGUACACAGUUAACCAAGAGUCCAUCUAUGUGCUGGUACAAGGAGUUCCAUCUGUCGGAACAAGUCGGGAAUUGAUGCGUCUCUUUGAGGCACAGGGAGACUUGGAUGAUCACCGAGUACUGGAUGAAUACCCAGCUGCUCAGUUUACAGAGACACACCUGUUCAAAUACAAGAGAAUACAGUCUGCCAGAUUUGCAAAGCGGAAACUGGAUGACUGGUCAUUCUACGGCGGGGUUCUGCAUGUCUGCUAUGCUCCGGAGUACGAAAAUGUGGAGGAGACUCGCAACAAACUGAGGGACAGAAACAGGAUUAUCCUUGCAAAAACACGACAGUACAAAAAAGAUGGCACCUAUGACUUGAACCCAGGAACAAAUGAACAAACCAAUGGUUCAACUCCACAGCAGCUUAAGUCACACCCCAAUGAUCAUCAUUCCAAGCACACUAAUGAUAGAACUGAUUUUGAAAAUGGCUUUGAUGGUGACUUUGAAGAACAUUCCAUAGGGGAUCAACAUUCUGUUGAUAAUGUUGCAGCUGACCAUAUCAAUUUUGUACCAUCUUCUUCUUUGGAAGAACCAACAGAAUGUGCAAUCCACCAGCCUCAGUAUAAUAAUCAGUCUUUCCAAUAUCCAAGCUCAAGUUUUCAUCUCCACAGUGACACAGUGUCAGGAUUUAGUGAGGUUCGUGCUCCUUUUCCUAAUAGGCGAACUACCCACAAUGGUACAGGGUCAGGAUUCAGCAAUGUCCAUGGUAACUUUUCUGACAGACAUACUACUGCUAAACAGACAAACCAAGCUGUUCAACAGGCACAGGCAAUGAACAGAUAUGGUAGCAAAUCUAAGUCAGCUGUGACUUCAAUAGAGAUCAAAUCAGGUCAACAAAAAGAGGUUUUAGCAAACAAACUUUCUUCAGAUCAUAAUACAAGUGAGUGUUCCAAUGAACUGGAAAGGAUCUCAAAUAAAUCAGGUAGAAUAUCAAAUCAAUCAAAUAAUCCCGGUGGAAUAUCAAAUGAUCCAGGUAGAAUAUCAAUUGAGUCUGGUAGAACAGUGUCAAAUGAACAAGUGAGUAUCCCAUUUGAAACAGAUAGUGAAACUAAUUUAAAGGAUAAGGCUCUUAAGAGGCCAAUGAGAGUUAGUGAACCUGAUGAACAUAGAAAAGUAGAAAACAAACAUAAUUCUGAGAUACUUGUGUUACCACCACCUCCAAAACAGAGGAAGAUGUGUUUUACAGCAAACAAAACUUACCAGUUAGGUCACGGUAAAGUGCCAUCAGCUCAGGCUACAUUUCCAGAAGGCUUCGAUGCCAGAACUAACAAAAGUACUGUUAACUCAGUAGCAAAAAUUGAUCUUAGUGACAAAAACGUGGAUGAUACAAAAGUGAGCUCAAUUAAACGAGUGAGUAAUAGUGAUAAACAAAUAAGUCUGGUGUCAAAAACAAGUCAGGUUUCCAAUAAGUCGCAGAUGAGUGGUGUUGCGAAUAUUGGAAAGGUCUCUAAUACUGCGACAAUGUUUGUUCCAAGACAAACUCAAAAGAAAUCCCAGAUGGUUCAUAUACCCUUAUCGAAACAACCAAGUAAACAAACUAGUGAACAAAAAGAUAAAGUAGAAACAAAUGAUGAACUGAAUAAACAGUUGAAGAAGAACGCUUUUAUCCUUAAAGACAAACAAGGACCUGCUGACAUUGUAAAAACACGAAAAACUGUGAUAGUGGCAGAGGAGUCUGUGAAACAAACUGUAACUCAGAUAAGAGAUAAAAUGUCAAGUAUUUCCAAUGUAUCCCGAAAAAAGUGAUGAAUUAUCACGUUGCCUUAUAAAUGUGGGAAAACGUUUAUUAUGUC